GUUUAAAACCCAUGGGCUGAGACUGAACCUAUAAACUACAGCCCCAAGAUGCCUCGCGGCUGUGAGGAAGAACUACAAUUUCCAGGGUGCCCCGCAACGGUGGAUGGAACGGCUCAUUCAUCUUGGAGACUACACACUCCCAGCGUGCCGCAGGGGAGCGGCCAGGCUACGGGAAGUGUAGGACAGAGCCCGGGCGGGGGGAAGACCCUAGGGAUCCGGGAGUGAGACCCGGUUGCCGGGAUUCGGAACCAUCGUCAUGCUUCGCCCCAAAGCCCUAACCCAGGUGCUAAGUCAAGCCAACACCGGAGGUGUUCAGAGCACACUCUUGCGGAAUAAUGAGGGCUCCCUGCUGGCCUACUCUGGUUAUGGGGACACCGAUGCUAGGGUCACUGCUGCCAUUGCUAGCAAUAUCUGGGCUGCCUACGACCGGAAUGGGAAACCAGCCUUUAAUGAAGACAAUCUCAAAUUCAUCCUAAUGGACUGCAUGAGGGCCGGGUGGCGAUCUACCCGAGUGGCAAACCUGUUGCUGUGUAUGUACGCCAAAGAGACUGUGGGCUUUGGAAUGCUGAAGGCCAAGGUGAUCCCUUAUCCCAUCUCCUUUUUAAAAAACCUCUCCUGUUUCUUGUCAUGCCAUCGCUGUUACCUUUUCUCCUCUGGAACCCCCACCCCCUUCAUGCCCUCGUCUUGGUAGUUCUGAGCUUUCUUCCCUAUUCCCAACCCUUCUUUAGAGUAAGUAGAAAUGAGAAGCUCAGACAUCUCAGUCCUGUUAACUGAGGAAAAGAGUAUAUGGGUGUAAAAGCGUAGGAUGAUGGGGAGGGAGGGCGUGGAACUGGGAAGUCUGGUGUCCCAGGCUGCCCUGCCCCCGACAGCUGUUGUUUUUGAACUUAAAUUCACCUAACCCUUUUACAGGCCAGGCCCUGUCCAGUACCUGGAGGAUCCCCUCACUCAAGUGGCAGCAUCCUAGCCAGUCGGGGCAUGAUGGGCGUUGAGAGUGGGGAUGAGGGUGGAAGGCUAACCUUUUGGCGGGGCAGGCCCCCCCCCCCCAAACCUUUCCUGAAGUCUGAAGGAAAGUUUUCCAAAAAAUCUCACUGAAAUAACUAUUUAACACCUGU